AUGCAGAAAAAAGAAGUAGCGAAGGUGGAGAAUAUAAUGAACUCAAGUUACUUGCAUUCGGAUGAUUAUGAUCUUGGUGAAGAGGACGAUGAGUGCGUUGAAAUAGAAGGUGGUAGUAGUAAGGUGCCCACACGAAAAAGACCGAGACAAAAAGGUCCCCUAGAUAGGUUCUUCACUCCUAAUCCUGAAGACGUGAUCAAAGGUAAAAAAGAUGGAAAAGGAGGGAUACAACAAACCAUAAAUGCGGUGGUUCGAAAGGAGUUAAGGGAUAAAGCUUGUACGCAAAUAGCAAGGGAGCAUGGUAAUAUCGUUAUCCUUACAGUGUAUGUCGAUGAUAUUAUACUUAUGGGAGAUCCUCCAGUGGCCGCAAAAAUCAAAGCCCACCCGGCUCACUCUUUCGAAAUGAAAGACCUUGGUCCAUUAUGGUACUUCUUGGGAAUAGAGAUUGCAAGAACGAAAUCUAUGAUUAUCUUGACUCAAAGAAAAUAUACCUUGGACUUGCUAAAAGACAUCGGGAUGCUAGGAUCUCGGCCCGCCUCUACUAGAAUGGAGUCUAAUCCAAAGCCUGAUGCUGCUUCCACGAUUUCAGUCAACAAGGGGAGAUUCCAACGUCUUGUUGGUCGACUGAUAUACCUUGCACAUACCAGGCCUAAUAUUACGUUUCCAGAUAACUAUGUAAGUCUGAUCAUGCACUCACCAUCCUAA